AUGCUCAACGACUUUUGCGCGGGUAUGAAGGCUUGCGCUACGAGGAACAACAUUCGUGCUUUUCCCGGUGCGCCGCAUGGUUACUACAUCGAUGAACAGACGGGCGAACUCUUCGACUUCUUCGACGGCGACGACGUUGAGGUGGCACGUCCCAAACCACAAGCGGCGCGGCGCGGUCUAAGGCAGGCGCCCCGGAAUGCGAUCAACGCCGCCAACGCAGAAUCCACUGUGAUACCGUAUCUUUACAGCAUGCACAUCGAGUUUAGGAUGCCCGAUAACCUCCUACUCAACGCGGCAUAUUUUAUUAUUGGCAUCGAUGCCUGCGUGAACAGGCUAUGGUUCUACGGCCAACAUCAUCGAAGAAUCACUGCGUCGUGGACUGGCCGUCGUACCAAGGAAUGGCCUCCAAUUACAAUACUUAACGGGCCACCGUGGGACAGCCAUUUUACCAUCCCAAGAAGCUACGAAUUCCUCGGGGCGUAUAACGACGAGUGCGCCCCAAGAGCGGAGUUGGGUGAAGAGGCGAUCCGAUAUGGCGAUGGAAGCGGUGUUUACAUCCGUCACUACAGUCGCGAGACGCUUGCGGCCGUGGCGAAUUCUUGGGACUGGGACACCAAGAAAAAGAGAACGCUCCAACUCGUGCUGCCUCACACGAUUGCGUACGCAGCCAACGACCGGAUGGUUUACUUACCCUACGACGGCAUCCUCGGUCUUGGUAUCAUGCGGUCGGUGUAUUACGCGUGA